UUUGCUUAAUCACAAUUUGGUAUCUUAACUUAAAAUGAUUUCGUUUAUUAAUUAUAUAAGUAACUCUUGUAACUAUUCAGAUUUUUUAAAAAUAAAUUUUGAAUUUUUAAAGUGACAAGCUAAAUAUUUUUAUUAUUGAAUUAAAAAAUUUUGAAUGCUUCCAAUAUUUACAACUCGGUCUCAACGGUUUAUAAAAGGUUCGAUCUUUGAAUACAAAAGUGGCAGAGGUUGUAGUCGCAUUUCAAAAAUGUUCCUGCCACAUAUACCUCCAGUUAGCAAUGUUUCGUCAAGGGUUUUGCGUGUACUUGGGUGUAAUCCUAGUUUGUAUACGUUGCAAGGUUCUAACACUUACAUAGUUGGUACUGGUCAUAGUCGAAUUUUAAUUGAUUCUGGAGAGCCAAAUAUCCCAGAAUAUAUAAAAAAUCUUAAAGAAACUAUGGAGAAAUACAAAUUUAAAAUAGAACAUAUAAUUGUAUCUCAUUGGCAUGAAGAUCAUAUUGGCGGCGUAAAAAAUAUAUUAGAUAUGAUUUCUAAUAAAAAUGAGUGCAAAGUUUGGAAAUUACAUCCAGAAAAUGAAAAAUUACGAGAAUAUAAUUUUCCUAUUAAUUUUAUGAAAGACCACCAAGAGUUUCAUACUGAAGGUGCUACAUUAAAAAUAUAUCACACACCAGGGCACACAACUGAUCAUGUGGUUAUAUUUUUGGAUGAAGAAAAAGCAUUAUUUUCUGCUGAUUGUGUACUUGGAGAAGGUACAACAAUUUUUGAAAAUUUAGAAGACUACAUGAAGUCAUUGAAUUUAAUACUACAAUUAAAUCCUGCUGUUAUAUUUCCUGGACAUGGAUCUGUGAUACAAAACCCAAUACGACAUGUAAACAACUACAUUAGACAUAGAGUUGAACGUGAAAAACAAAUAAUUCAAAUGCUUCGUGAUCACCCUUUGCAAGCAAUGACUAAAAGUGAUAUAGUUAAUAAAAUUUAUGAGAGUAUUCCAAAAGGAUUAUUAAAAGUUGCAGAUAGAGGUAUAGAGCAACAUCUUAUUAAGUUACAAAAAGAUGGAGUUGUAAUUAAAAUAGACAAUGUGUGGAAAUUCAAUAAUAGUUUUAGUUUAUAGUUUAUCCAUUAAUAUUGUGUGUUACUCUAUUUUAGUGUUUUACUAAUUUAGUGGUUUUUUGUAUAAAUUUUUUAUUACAGAAUUUUAAAUUGUUUUUUUUUAAAUUAUCUGUAUUAUAAAUUAACUAAUCACUGUAUAUUAAUAAAGAUUGUUGUACUUUA